CUUGAAAUGCAGAAAAGUUAUUCUCACUCCACUCAGGACAGCGUGUUUGAUGUUGGUGAGCUCUGCUGCGUGUGUGUGUCUAGGUAUAGGUGUAUUUUUGUGAAGUCAGCACUGGUUCACCAGUGAGAACGAUGCUGGGGUAUUACCUUCUCCUCAUUGUGCUUCAUGUCACUCAAGGAUGCAGUCUAAGAAACAACAAAAAUGUAUCAAACAUUAUUGCACACGUCGGAAACAAAGCACUGCUGCCCUGCUCUUGCUGUGACCUUCAGUGCAAACCUGAGAAGCGAAAGUGGAGAAAACAUAAUGGCCAAGCCUGGAAUUCUGUACCACCUAACCAAAACAGAUUUCACCUCAGUAAUCAGUCUCCAGGGAAUUUCUCUCUACUCAUAGCAGACCUGACUCUCAAGGAUGAGGGACUGUACAGGUGUGAGAUUGGACAGGAUGAAUACACGGAUAUCAAGCUCAUGGUUAGAGGAAAGAACAUUAUGGAGCCAUCUAUCCUCGCCUUCAUUCCAGUUGUGCUGGUGUUGCUGGGACUCAUGGGAGUCAUCUUUUGGAGAUAUAGAGCAAAGAAACAAAAGCAGACCCUGAGCAGUAAAGGAGCGACAGGACAGAUGAACAAGAGCAAUGAGAAAGCACUGAGGAAAGAGCAGGAAACCCAGGACAAGUCCUUCCAAGUCGGGUUCUUCAGGAGCUAGGAUGGCAUUGUGUACACUACUGUGGUCCAUACUAACACAACCCCGAGCCCCAGAGUGCACAACACUGAGGAAAGGACAGAAUACGCCAUCAUCAAAUUACAUUAAUACUCAUGUAAAAAAUGUCUUAAACUUUGAAAUAAGAUACAGUGGAUAUAAAGUGUACACACCCCAUUAAAAUGAUUUUUUUUACAUCAGAAAAACCUAAGACCACAAUAAAUAAUUUCAAAACUUUUCCCACCUUUAAUGUGACCUAUAACCUGUACAAUUCAAUUGAAAAACAAAUCUGUUUUGGGGAAAAUUUUUUUAAAAAAUGUACACUAAGCUGGUUGCAUAAUUGUGCACACCCUUAAACUAAUACUUUGUUGAAGCACCUUUUGAUUUAAUUACUGCAUUCAGUCUUUUGGGUCGGAGUCUAUCAGCCUGCCACAUCUAGACUUGGCAAUAUUUGCCCACUCUUCCUUGCAAAAGCGCUCCAAAUCUGUCAGAUUGCGAAGGCGUCUCUUGUGCACAACCAUCUUCAAGUCACCCCACAGAUUUUCAAUUGGAUUUAGGUCUGGGCUCUGGCUGGGCCAUUCCAAAACAUUUUUGGGGUCAUUGUCAUGCUGAAAGAUGAAAUUCCUCUUCAGCUUUCUAGCAGACACCUGAAGGUUUUGGGCCAAAAUUGACUGAUAUUUAGAACUGUUCAUAAUUCCCUCCACCUUGACUAAAGCCCCUGUUCCAGCUGAAGGAAAAACAACCCCAAAACAUGAUGCUGCCACCACCAUGCUUCACCGUGGGUAUGGUGUUCUUUUGGUGAUGUGCAGUGUUGUUUUUGCGCCAAACAUACCAUUUUGGAAUUGUAGCCAAAACGUUCAACCUUGGUUUCAUCAAACCAUAACACAUUUUCCCCACAUGCUUUUGGGAGAGUUGAUGGUUUUUGGUUUUUUUUGCAAAAUAUAGUCGGGCCUGGAUGUUUUUCUUUGACCCUUCCAAACAGUCCAGACAUAAAGAGAAUACGGGAGAUUGUUGUCACAUGUAGUACACAACCAGUACUUGCCAGAAAUUCCUGCAGCUCCUUCAGUGGUGCUGUAGGCCUCUCGGCAGCCUCCCUGACCAGUUUUUGUCUUGUUUUUUCAUCAAUUUUGGAGGGACGUUCAGUUCUCAGUAAUGUCACUGUUGUCCCAUAUUUUCUCCACUUCCUGAUGACCGUCUUCACUGUGCUCCAUGGUAUAUCUAAUGGCAUGGAAAUAUUUUUGUACCCUUCUCCUGACUGAUACCUUUCAACAAUGAGAUCCCUUUGAUGCUUUGUAAGCUCUCUGUGAACCCUGGCUUUUGCUGGAGGAGGCAACUGAGUAAAUGUCUGAACUUUAUUUGGGGUUAAUCAGAGUCCUUUUAGUUGAUGGCAGGUGUGAACCCAAAAAGACUGAAUGCUGUAAUUAAAUCAAAAGGUGCUUCAACAAAGUAUUAGUUUAAAGGUCUGAUGACACGUUUUUGACAUCUUUGGCGAUGUUUUAUCACAUAAAAAGUAAUUCCCGAUGAUCCAUAUAUUAAUUCACGAAGGUGCCUAUUUUACAAGUUAUGAUAAAAAGCGCGGCUAUUUGGGCAAAUUUGACGGGGCUGCAGCACCCAGGAGACGAAUGAGGAGGAGGGGCUAUAUGACAUCAGUGAAAGAAUCUUCCUCCUCACUUACCAGUUUGUUGUUGAUGCGACAGGUGUUCAGUUUGUCAUUAUCAUGGAUUAAAAUUUUCCGUCGCUGUGACGGAUUUCUGUCACCUGAACUGUCUGGAUAAUUUAUGUCAACUUAUUUUCCGUCAAUUGAACUCAAAUGGGAGAUCGGUGCUUAUCAGAGAAGGGGGAGGGCGGGUUGUGACUAGGGAUGGUAACUGAUGACCGUUUGACCGGUGGUUGACCGAAUCAACGUCAACCGGUUAAUUUUUUUUUUGGUUGUCGGUUAAAAAAAAAUCAAUCGUUUUGAAGCUGCCGAUUUUGGAGCGGAGAACCUGGAAUUCUGUGUUUGUAAAUGCUUGGGGCGUGCCAUGCGGUGUAAGGACGACAGCUGACAAAUCAGAAACACCCAAUCAGUCAUGUCCCGCCCUCCCGCCCCAGUUAAAGACAGCUGACAAAUCAGAAACACCCAUUCAGUCAUGUCCCGCCCUCCCGCUGCCACUCUGUGAAAGAAAAGUGUAGACACAGGCUUUUUAGCUUACAAAUUACUAUUCUGUUUUUUUUAAAUUAUUAUUAGAAGGCACAUUGAGUUUAGUCCUGCCUUG